AUGCACACAUUUGUUCCUGAUUUGAGCCUUUCUUCUCUUUCAUUGAAGAGUGGGAGUUCUUUUGUUGCUAGUUCUAAUUCUAGUGUUCCAUUUUCAAUAUAUCAAUCGGCCCGAAUUUUCUCUGACAUUGCUUCUUACAAGUUUGGUAUCAAUCAAGAAGGUCGGCAUUGGGUCCGGCUCUACUUUUAUCCUCUUCCAAAAUCAGGACAGAACUUGACAUCUGCUCCAAUAACAGUUGUCACUGAUGAUUUUGUGCUCUUGAACAACUUCGCUUUCAGCAACUAUAAUGGUUCUUUUUUGUUCAAGGAGUAUGCAAUCAAUGUGAUCUCUGAUAACUUGACUCUUACCUUCAUUCCUUCAAACAAUUCGGUUUCAUUUGUUAAUGCAAUGGAAGUUGUCUCCAUCCCAGAUGCAGUCCUGCCUGAUCAGGCAUUAGCUCUGAAUCCAUCUGCUCCUAUUAGUGGUCUUUCAGAAUUUGCCAUGGAAACUGUUUAUAGGUUAAACAUGGGUAGGCCACUGAUCACUGCUCAGAAUGAUACCCUUGGAAGAACAUGGGAGAAUGAUGUGAAAUAUCUCCAUGUAAACAGUUCUGCUCUGAAUGUUUCAGUCAAUCCUGCUUCUAUCAAAUAUACGACUUCCAUUACAACAGAAACAGCCCCAAAUUGGGUCUAUGCUACUGCUGAAGUUAUGGGAGAUGCAAAUGCACCCAGCAUGAACUUCAAUGCAACUUGGGUCUUCCCUGUUGAUCCAAACUUCAGGUAUUUUGUUCGGGCACGUUUUUGUGAUAUUGUGAGUCAGUCUCUCAAUGGUUUGGUUUUCAAUCUAUACAUAAAUGAUGAUAUUGCUGUUGCAAGUCUUGACCUCUCAACAUUGACCGGCGACCUAAAUGUGCCUUAUUAUAAGGACUUUAUCACCAAUUCUUCAGCAGAAUCCGAUACAUUGAAUGUUAGUAUUGGUCCAGAUUCAGUGGCAGACAUCACUAAUGCAACAAUGAAUGGAUUGGAGAUAAUGAAAAUCAGCAAUGAGGCUGGAAGCCUGGAUGGACUUUCUUCUGUUAAGAAUCUCCUUACGAAAUCAUCCUCGAAGAAGAACAAGAUUUGGAUAAUAAUUGGUUGUCUUGCUGGAGCUGUAGCUGCAGUGGCACUAAUUGGGUUCUGUUGUUGUUGCCUGGCAGCACGCAAGUCAAAAGCUACUCAUCAACGACAUCCAUGGUUGCCUUUGCACUUAUAUGGAAACUCUCAGACAAUGACCAAAAUGUCCACAACAUCACAGAAGAGUGGAACAGCAAGCUGCAUCUCAUUGGCUUCCUCCAAUCUCGGCCGGUUCUUUUCCUUCCAAGAAAUCCUUGAUGCUACCAACAAAUUUGAUGAGAGCCUAAUUCUUGGAGUUGGUGGUUUUGGAAGGGUCUACAAGGGAAUACUUGAGGAUGGGACUAAAGUUGCUGUAAAAAGAGGCAACCCGAGAUCUGAACAAGGUCUUGCUGAAUUCCGCGCUGAAAUUGAAAUGUUAUCAAAACUUCGCCACCACCACCUUGUCUCUCUUAUUGGGUACUGUGAUGAAAGAUCAGACAUGGCUCUUGUCUACGAGUAUAUGGCUAACGGACCCCUUAGAAGCCAUCUUUAUGGAACAAAUCUACCAUCUCUAUCAUGGAAGCAACGACUUGAAAUAUGCAUUGGGGCUGCUAGGGGACUUCAUUAUCUCCACACUGGUGCAGCCCAAAGCAUUAUUCACCGAGAUGUGAAGACCACAAACAUUCUCUUGGAUGAGAAUUUUGUAGCCAAAGUAGCAUAUUUCGGUCUUUCAAAAACUGGUCCAGCUUUAGGUCAGACACAUUUGAGUAUUGCAGUUAAGGGUAGCUUUGGUUACCUUGAUCCUGAAUAUUCCAGAAGGCAGCAACUCACAGAGAAGUCUGAUGUGUAUUCAUUUGGGGUGGUUCUGAUGGAAGUUCUCUGCACUAGGCCAGCUUUAAAUCCUGUUCUUCCAAGAGAACAAGUUAAUAUUGCAGAAUGGGCAAUGAACUGGCAGAAGAAAGGUAUGUUGGAUCAAAUCAUGGAUUCUAAUCUGGUGGGGAAAGUGAAUCCAGCUUCCCUUAAGAAAUAUGGAGAGACAGCUGAGAAGUGCCUGGCUGAGCACGGCGUUGACAGGCCAUCAAUGGGAGAUGUUUUAUGGAACCUUGAAUAUGCUCUUCGGCUGGAGGAGACCUCAUCAGCACUAAUGGAACCCGAUGAAAAUAGUACAAACCAUAUCCCAGCCAUUCAGUUGACACCGCUUGAGCCAUUUGACAACAGUGUAAGCAUGAUCGAUGGGGGAAAUUCUGGCACUGAUGAUGAUGCUGAAGAUGCUGCUACUAGUGCAGCAUUCUCACAACUAGUAAAUCCUCGUCGAAGAUUGAUGACAAAAGGUCCUGCCUUGUGACUUUAGCCUAUGGACAUCCUGCUGAAAAAUUCAGUUGUCCCUGUCCUGCGAAUACUUGGAAAUAUCUUAAGAGAUUGAAUGAAGUUUUUUCUCGUUACAUUAUUCUGUUCAUUUCCCUAAAUUUUUCAUUCAUAUUAUAUAUAGUUUUGUAAUAUAGUUGAGUGAUGGCUACCUAUCAAUCCAUCCGAAAAUCGCAUGUAACGAACCAUAAAUAUUCCAUUAUUGUUGAUAUAAUUCAUCUGGUUUCCAGAUGCCAAUGUUAUUAUCACACAAUU